AUGAUAUGGUGGUUUUUAAUUUCAAUAAAUUUUUUGUUUUUUCUUAUAAAAAGCUUUUUCACCCCCAAAGAUACGACUUAUAUGAACGACAUAAAUAACAACCAAGACAGCGCGUCGACAGAAAAAUACAUUCUAGGCGAAAACUACAACCUGACAAGCCUGAAGCUGAAGAUCGACUUCGGCUCGCUAGACACAGGGACGAAGAUAAUCGAGCACAGCAAGGGAAUUAUAAACAUCCGGUCGAUUCAACAGUACGACUAUGACAGUUAUAUGCUAACGCCAUGCAAUUCGGACAUAUGGUGGAUCUACUCCUUCAGUGAUAUUAUACACAUAGAAAAAAUCGGAUUAGUGUCCCUAGAGCAUUAUGCGUCAAAUUUCAAAGUUAUAGAAAUAUUAGGGAGUGAUGUAUACCCAACGAAAAAAUGGAAAAAGUUAGGAAAAAUUGCCACGAACUUUACAAAGAGCUUUGAGCUCUUUAACAUAUAUGAUUAUUGCAAGAAUUACGAUGAAGAUAACUGUUGGGUGAAGUAUAUGAAGUUUGUUGUUUUGUCUCACCACAAUUUGGAAAAUAAUUAUUACUGUACUUUAACACAUUUGCAAAUUUUUGCUUCUUCUGGUGUUGAUAUGCUCAGUGAUAAAAUAUACUCCGAUGAUAACAUCACGCAGAUUGAAAAAGAUUUUCACGACAAUUACAAACAUGAGAAAAAUGAAAACAUUCGCGACCAUGAGAUAAUUGAAAAUUUGGAGGUGCUCCUUGAGGACAAGGAGCGCAUGCACGGUGGAGGGACUGCACCAGGAACAAGCGACCACCGAUAUGGACAGAGACACGUAGGUAACAAGCACGAUGAGGAUGCAUUGCAGUCACCCGAAACCAUCACAAUUGAACAGUCCCCCACCGGUGCAACCCUCCCAAGAUUGUCCAACUUUACCCCGUUUGAAGGCUCCUUCCUAGAUCCAGAAACGAUAGAAAAAGAAUUAAUAGACACGGAUCUUAUCGGUUCAAAGCUGAUGGAUACAGAAUUGAUCAAGAAGGAACUGAUCGAUACGGAGCUCAUCGAAAAGGAAUUAAUGAAUGCAGAACUUGUCGAGAGGGACUCCAAGAGUGGUAACAUUAACGAACAGUCAUUCGAUAAUUUAACAGAACAAAUAGGGAACGCGUUUGAUGAAAGGAACACCAUCAGGGGGGUUGAAGUGAAUACAACUCAACAGAACGAGGAAGAGAAAGAUAAAAACAAAGACAAAGUUAGUGUGUCCUCCUCUUUAUCCACAGAACAGAAUGUGUUAAGACAGAAAAGAUACAACCAGAACGUCUCACCCCACUCACUAGUCAUCUUGAACAAAGCUGUGAAGAAGAAGUAUGCUGUACUCAAAAAUUUUAACAAACUCAGAAUAUCCAAGCUUUUAAAAAAUUACCCAUUCGUGAAUUACAAAAAUGUGGUUAAAAAAUACAUGCCUUAUGUUUCCUACCUGAUGAGAUAUAAGGACAAGCUCAGUUACCAUCACUACAAUAUGAAAGAUGCCGUCAUAAUGGAUAGCUUCUUCAACCCCUUGGAUGAUUCACCUCUUGGGAGAAUCACAGUGGGGAAGUAUGUAUCCACCCGUCGGCGAUUUCUUUCCCCAUUCCGUAUGCUCAUCAGGGGGGUCUUCCCAAAGGUGUGCAGCCGUGUGGAUAUCCUAAGAGACGUUCCCCCACAAAGUGGAACGACUUCACACACUUCUGACAAGAGGACCAUUUCAGCGAAACCGACUGGAACACCACAGAGGAAACUUCCCAAAGUGCACUGCUACAACUACGGAGCUAUAAAAAACGUGCAAAACAGUAUACUGCAGAAUAGGCGUAUAUACUCGCUCCUGACUAUAUGGAAGCCCCGUCUUCUGUGCAACCACGAUAUGGUCUGUUUGAAAAAACAUGCAGGGGAUAUUAACAAAUUGCUCACCUUUAGACGUAACUUAAUCAAGUCCACCUUCCGAAAGUACCUCGUCUUCAUAUCUGGAAAGAGAUUGCCCCCUCCGAGGAAAAGGAGGUAUAAAAUUUUGAAGAAGAAAAAAAGGAAAAUCAGUAAUAAAAGGGGAAUGUUCAGAAAACUCUUCUUAUUAAAACAGUUUAAUAAAAUAGGACAUAUAAAAAAAUUACACGUUACUUAUUCACCCAUUUUUCGUUUCCCAACAUGUGAUGCAUCGAGGUAUUUCCCCCAUAAGGAAGGGCAGGACCCUCUCAUGACUUAUAUUUGGGAAAAAAUGCAGCAACAGAAUAGACUAAAAGAACAACCACAGGACGCCUUAAUCAUAAUCUACCUUUUCAAUGAACUAAGAAAGGUACGCACGACACAUAACCUGGAGAGCCUCAAAUGGUGCUUCGACUUCAUGACAAAGUGGAAAAAUCCAUUCGACUCAGUAUUGCUUAUGUUCUUCAUGAGAUGUGUCCCACUAGCUAGUCUGCGAAACCGUGGCACAUGUAUGGAUAUAAUAAAGAAUGGUCUUCUUUUGAGGAAAAAAAAUAAAUUGACACUUGAGAAGGAAUUACAAGGUCUUUCCUUUACCCAUUCGGACGGAAACAGGACUUGCAAAAGGCACGACCGUUUGGGGAAAACGGAUUUGUCAUACUAUGCCUACUGGGAGGAGGGCGAAGAGAAGGAUGCUGAUAGUGGGGAAUACUACAUAGAUGGGGAGUACUAUCCUGAUGAAGAACCGAUCCACAUGGACGACCUCCCUAAAAAUGACCAAGUUAGGGUGGAAACUCCCCCUCUGAAUGUUGAAUCCCCCCCAACGGUUAACACCCUGACGCUGUAUCUGCACAUGUUAAGAUGCAAAAACGUGCAAUCGCGCUACUACAUCAUGACGCUGAUGAGAAACCCCAGGGAUAUGAAACGCAUGACCAAAUUGGUGGCAGAUAUAUGGAGUAGCCUGUCUAGCCGCAAAAUUGGAGAGAAUCUAACGAAGAUCGAAAGCUACGUAAGAGGCGUCAUCGCGGAUCAUAUGCCAAAUUGCACGACAAAUUACCUUUUUUCGGAAAAAUUGCCAAGUACUAAAAAUGAGCUAGUUUACACCAUUUCGGCUAGGAUGGGGAAAGUCACCCUCAUGGACCUGUCCCAUAGGGUGAAAAGUAGGCGAAUGUUACUGCGCCCCAAACAGGGGAUCCUAAGUGUACAGAAUAAGGAAGAGGAAACCUUGCAAUAUCGAAAAAAAGCCCAGUGCGAAGCGAUUACAGAACUUUUGGUGGACCUAAUUAUAAAUCAUAUAUCCCUUUCGAGAACCAGCUUAGAAGGAGAAAAAAAAGACAUUAGGGAAAAUGAGCAGAGUGCAAAGGCAGGGGGAGGUACUGGCCACGCGGAGCAGUCAAAAAGGACACAUCAUGGAAAACACACCCAAAGGAGUCAACGUGGUCAGCUCGACCAGGCAAACAUGUGCCUAACCCUUGGCGAAAUGGAAAACAUGAUCUACUCAGACAGAUAUCUAAAGCAAUAUGUGGACGAAGCGGGGAUACACAAAGAAAUGCAAAAGAAAGAUAAAAUGAAAAAUAUUAUAAAUGUAAAAUACAAGCAGAAAAACAAUGACAAAAGUAUAAAAAUAUUAAACGAAAUAAAAGAAACAGAAGAAAGCAAUAGCAAACUUGUUAACGAAGUGUACGAUAUUAUUAGCGAAUAUGAUGAGAAUAAUGAGUCGAAAAUUUAUUCGGUCCAAUUAAAAUCCGGAAAACAAAUCCCAUUAAUUAUUAACAAACCAGAAAAUAAAAUGAAAGAAAAAGUAAUAAAAAGUGAAGCAAAAAAAAAAUAUAUUAAGGAGAAUAAAUUACAAUACCUGGACGAAUAUGAUCAUAUGCUGAAUGAUCACAUCCAGUACGAUCAUUAUGAACAGAAUUGCAUACGAGAAGAAAAAAUUGAAGAAAAAGCAAAAAAUACAAGAGGACAUGCCUUACUCACAUUAGUGGAUAAAGUAAAAACUAUUGAAAAUAAAAAUAAUUACGUAAUUUCCAAGUUGAAGGAUGUCAUAAAAAUUACAAACAACAAAACGAAAAUCAUAUAUCACAUGUUGUCCAAUUUUAAAAUUUUACAAAACACAAUUAGCCUUCUGCUAAAAUAUAUUAUGAUAAACGAAAAAAAUAUGAAAAAUUUACACAAAAAUAGGAACAAAUCAGAAUCCUUCUUCAAAAUUUUGAAAGAUAUAUGCAUUUUACAAAUUAAUGAAAAAAAACAAAAUUUUGACUCACUCCAAUAUAUUUGCAAAUAUUUACAAGAUAUACUAUACGAUGAGAUAGAGAAAGUAUAUCUUUUUGGAAAACCCACAAGAGGAGGAGCAGCAGCAGGAGUAGGGACAGGCCCAGGUGGCGGAAGAAGAACGACUGGUGCCAACGGGGGAAACACUUCUACCUCCAUGGGAGGAAAGUUUCCAAUAUGUGGUGAAGAGGAAGAAAAUAUGAUGCUACAUAAUAAGAAUUCCUUUCACGAUAAAAAUCCCAAUUUUAUUUUUAAAGAAAAAAAAAGAAAUAUUUUCAAUUUUUGGUAUUAUGAAAAUCAUUGUCAUAACGACAUAUUCAAGACCCCCCUCAUUUAUUAUAACUCUUCGGUGGACAGCCUCCAAACGUUUUAUUUUAAAAUUUACAAUUUUUUCAGAAAUUUAACCUUCUUUCAUUACAUUGUGUAUAAAUUUAGGCACUACAAGAGGAUCCUUAUCAGAUACCUUAGCAGGGGCCAUGUCGGCGAUAUCGGUACGCAGUGUAGCGGUGCACAGUUUAACGAUACACAGCACACCUGUGAGCAGUUCGGCGGAUCCCACUUUGGCGGCGCGUACGGAGAUCCACAAAAUACAGGGAAACUGUACGCCAUCCUUUUAAGCAUCUUCCUGAUAGUUUUCCUCAUAAACAAUUUUUUCUGUUUCCUCUUGUACAAGCAUUUAUCGAAUAAGUUGAACACGUUCGUUCAGGGCUGCACCUGCCACAGGAAGUGA